UAUGAUGAUGGGAUCAUUAAUACUUCGCUUCAGUUUCACUGGUUUUCUCUUUCUGACUUUGUUAUGGUUCUCUUUCUCGCAGCCAGUUUGCCAUGAUGAUGAAAGGUCUUCGUUGUUGCAGUUCAAGGAAAGUUUUAUUAUCAACAUGUCUGUUUCUAGUUUUUCUUCUCUUUCUUAUUCGAAGGUUGCCUUCUGGACAAACAAAGAAGACACAAGAAAUUGUUGCAUGUGGCAUGGGGUUGAGUGUGAUGAGAUCACAGGCCAUGUCAUCCGCCUUGAUCUCAGCAGCAGCUACCUCUACGGCUCUAUUGACUCAACUAGUAGCCUCUUCAAUCUGACUCAUCUUCAGAGUCUUGAUCUUGCAGACAACCACUUCAAGUAUUCUCAAAUACCCAGUGCUAUCAAGCGGCUUUCUAUGCUCACUAAUCUCAACCUAUCAUACUCUGCCUUCUCCGGUCAAAUUCCAUCAGAAGUUUCAGAACUAUCCAAAUUAUCCAAUCUUGAUUUGUCGUAUAACAUCGAUCUAGUUUCUGGAGAAAAUAUAUUGGAACUCAAAAAGCCCAACAAUUUGGAGACCCUUGUUUCAAACUUGACAAGCCUUGAGAAACUUCAUCUCAGUGGUGUUGACAUAUCAUCGGCAGUGCCUAAAUCAUUGGAAAAUUUGUCUUCCUUGAUAUCACUGCUCUUGGAGAAUUGCAAAUUGACAGGUGAAUUCCCAAUCAAUAUUUUUCAACUUCCAAAUUUACAAAGUCUAGAUGUGAUGUUCAACAAAGAUCUCACCGGAAGAUUUCCUGUGGUGCUUGACCAAAAGAGCUCUCUCAACUCAUUUCUAUUUGGAGGCACUGGCUUCUCUGAGGAUCUACUGUCAUCAAUUGAAAAACUUGCUUCUUUGACUGAGUUGGAUGGUAGAAGUUGCAACUUUUCAGGAGUGAUUCCAGCCUCCAUAGGUAAGCUGAAACAACUCACUUCUCUCGACCUUUCUAAUUAUUACUUUGUGGGACAAAUCCCUCGUUCCAUUGGAAACCUAACUCAGCUCACUUCUCUCGACCUUUCUUAUAAUAACCUUGUGGGACAAAUCCCUCCUUCCAUUGGAAACCUAACUCAGCUCACUUCUCUCGACCUGUCCUCAAAUCAAUUUAGUGGUCCAAUUCCUUUGUCAUUCUCAAAACUCAUAAAUUUAGAAACCCUUUGGUUGGAUGAUAAUAAUUUAAGCGGAACUAUGAAUUUUGACAUGCUUAAUGGCCUAAAAAACCUCACUACCCUUAUUCUAUCCCAAAAUAAUCUUUCACUACUUGUUAGCCCUCAUGAGAUAAAUUAA